AUGAGCGACCCUAGAGACACCAUAUGCUCCCUCUGCAGACUUGCGUAUGCGAAUAACUGGAUGCCCGGCACUGGCGGUGGGAUUGGGAUCUGUGACGGCCACACCGCAUACAUCUCCCCCAGUGGCAUCGAGAAAGAACUCACUACCAAAGAUCAAAUAGUUGCUUACGAUAUGAAUAACGAUACAUACGAGUGUGGGGCCGGUGGAUUGCGGCCAUCGGCAUGCACGCCGUUGUUCCUAGAGUUGUUUCGUCGCCAAGAUGUGGAUAUCGGGUGCGUAAUUCACACGCAUUCGUUGAAUGCAGUCUUGUGUUCCAUGAUGUACGAUGCCGAGUUUUCGAUCAGCAAUAUGGAGCAGAUCAAGGCGUUGCCCAGCGGGGAAGGUCGCAACCUGCGCAACGUCGAAACCCUGCGAAUCCCAAUCAUCGAGAAUGCGCCCGAAGAACAGGACUUGAUGCCCGAAUUGAAGCGCAUUAUCUCAGAGUAUCCAGCUGCGUGUGCCGUGCUCGUGAGACGGCACGGCUUGUUCGUGUGGGGCGCCACGGCGAAGAAAGCCAAGAUAUACGUCGAGUCCAUUGACUACUUGAUGGAAGCCGCAGUUAAGAUGCGUGGGCUCGCGUUGUGA